ACUUCGUAUGGUGCAACUGACAGCAGCCACGAGAGAUAUUUUCGUUGAGGCUUGACAAUAUCAACAAACAGCGCGAGACUUCAAAGAUGGCCCCCAUCCCGAUCACCAUAAUCACGGGCUUCCUAGGCUCCGGGAAGACCACACUGAUCCUCAACCUGAUCCCGCAGCUCAAGGAACAGAACCCCGCCUACAAGCUCGCCCUCCUCAAGAAUGAGUUUGGCGACCUCGCCGUCGACUCUCAGUUGGCUACCAACUCGUCCAUCUCUGGUGUGCAAGAGCUUCUGAACGGCUGCAUCUGCUGCAACCUCGUCGGCCAACUCGGCCCGGCGCUGGAGGAACUUGAGAAGACCGUCUCGCCCGACCGCAUCGUUAUCGAGACCAGCGGCUCUGCCUUCCCCGCGACCCUCGCCCUCGAGAUCAACCGCCUGGCGCGCGAAUCAGGAAAAUAUGUGCUCGACGGUGUUAUCAGCGUGAUCGAUGUCGAGAACUGGAAGGGCUACGAGGACACGAGCUACACCGCCCGCAUCCAGGCCCGAUACACCGACCUCAUCGUCUUUAACAAGUGGGAGGCUGCUGGCGAAGAUCGAUACGAGGAGUGUGUCGACAGAGUUGGUGAUCUCGAGGUUGACGUGGCUAGGGUCAAGAGUGACAAGGGCUGGGUUUCUAUGAACCUGGUGUUUGGCGUUGAUGGCGGUUUGGCUCAGGAGUUGACUGACGCAGAGCUGAAUGGCGACCACAAGGCGCAUGGCGAGAGCCACAGACACAAACACAACCAGACGAACGGCGAUGGUCACAGUCACGGGCAUCAGGGCGAAGUUGAAGUCCUGUCGAUCGAGCUCAAUGGCGGCAGUGGCAGCGCCAUCUCCACAGAGAAGCUCUUGGGUUUCCUCAACGCUGCACCCAAGGACGAGGCCUACCGCAUCAAGGCAGUCCUAACACUCUCCUUCACCCCCUCCAACUCGGACCCGGAUGUCCCCAAGCCCGAGGCGAACUCUAGCGGACGAUACAUUCUGAACUGGGCGUUUGGCCGCUGGAUAUUCACGCCCGUCGCACAGGCUGUGCAGGAGCAUGAUUCUAGCAGCGAUGUGACUCUGCGCAUGACGAUGAUCCUAGCGCGGUAUGAGAGCAAUAAGUGGAAGAAGAAGAUCGAGGCCGGCGAGUAUUUGCAGUUGGAAGGCGGUGACGCGAGUGGGUUGACUGUUCAGAAGAUAAUAUAAAGGGGGUUAGACAGACGACAUUGUAGAGUAGAAAAGACAUGGGCUGUAGAGGAUAUCACGAUGAGACGAAAAGUUUGGGCGGCAUAUAGAGCUUAGACUCUGUUGACGAGCGGGCAGUAUUAUAUAUUAAAUC